CAAAGCGAUCCGGUUUACGUUGCAGCGCAGCAUUGCAGCAACAGCAGCAGUAAACAGUUCGCAGUAAGCAGCUCAUUGAUCUUUUAACGUUUUCUGGCGAGGUACGUUCAGCUCGUAAAACAAUGGUGUGCGAAAAGUGCGAGAAGAAGCUCGGCAAGGUGAUCACCCCGGACCCGUGGAAAGCCGGCGCUCGAAACACCACCGAAGGUGGUGGCAGGAUGAUCAACGAAAACAAGGCCCUGACAGCGAAGAAGGCAAGGUUCACUCCUUACGGAAAAUUCGCUGAGUGCCGCAUCUGUCGCCAGAAAGUACACCAGGUGGGCUCCAACUACUGCCAAGGGUGCGCCUACAAGAAAGGCAUCUGCGCUAUGUGCGGCAAAAAGAUCCUCGAGACCAAGAACUACAGGCAGUCAUCGACUUGAGAUGUGCAAUUUGAUCACUACACUUCCAAGACUGUACCUUUUUGAAUGCACCACCGUUCCAUCAGCCUGCUUUUGUGAAACCAUCGCGGAAUGCACAAAAUGACGACAGGGGCUCGUCCGGUGUGUUGCUCCAAAGUUGUUUUAUUCACAUGUAAAACAUAUUUACAAAGGCGUUCACCCAUGAACUGAGUCCUUCACUCCCCCCCUUUUUUUUUAUUCCUCACAGGCCUGUUCUGAUCGAGCACGAUCUGACAAAAUAAGUUACACCUCUCUGUCGUUAAAGGCCUAGCUGUAGCUGUAAUAAAUAAAUAUGUACAAAAGCUA